CAGGAGUUUUAGCAUCAGUUCACGCCGGGCAAGCGAGGGAGUAAGGAGUCAUAAUCUUCCUCUAUCCGAACUCUUUCUGGUCUGUCGCUCGUUCUUUCCCGAAACAUCACCGUUGCGCCUACGUGUUCGGCCAUGGUUCGGAGUCCCUCCCUCGCGCUCGCCCUGCCUCUCCUCCUGAUGGGGACCUUGGCACGAGCGAGUUCCCAAGAGUGCAGCAAGGACCCCGCGACGUCCCUGGUCGAUCAGCUGGUCGGGCUGGUGGGCGAGAGAGCGGCUCGGACCUGCGACGUCUGCUCUGGAGCCGUGAUGGCGAAGGUGGAGGAAGUGUCUGCGGGAGUGAGCGCGGCGAAGGCGGAGCACCAGAAGGAGCUGGGCGACGUCCGGGGGCUGGUGCAGGGCGUGCAGGCGGCGGCGCAGAGGGAGAGAGAAGGUAUCCUCGCGUCACUCGUUGAAGCUCAAGGGGACAUAGAGGCCGUGCGGGAAUCCGUGGCUUUGUCUGAACAACGCACAAACGUCAAACUGGAAGAACUCAGGUCGGAAAUCGCAACCGUGAACGCAAACGCCAACGGCAACCUCACUGCUGUGGCUCAACAACUCCGCUCUGACAUCGAAAACUUGAAGACCAUGUUAGAAAACAUUCAGACGUUCAUCAAAGGAGGUGCCAGGACUAGCAGAGAUGCCCCUUCAACUUGUGCUGAGAAUCAAGUAAUGCUUGCUUCCGUGGGCUACCUCGCACCUGUUGACUCUGGGAAAUAUAAGAACAACACAGACUGCAGCUGGAUUAUUGAGAGGCCACAAGGCUACAGGAUCAAACUCACCUGGCUGAUGUUCGCUCUGGAGAGGUGCACCGACUGCAAGUGUGAUUAUGUUGAGAUCUGGGACGGCAACACAACCAAGGAACUGAUCGGAGGGAGAAGGUAUUGUGGAUACCUGGACCCUCCCACUAUGACAUCAUCAAGUAACAGAGUGGAAAUUAAAUUCCACAGCAACAGUGCUAGAAACUAUGCAGGCUUCAAGAUUAAAUAUGAAUCAAUAGAAGAUUAGGAGGUGUGCAGAAAGUAAGACAGCCACAACUCUCUUUAAAUAAAACUUCAACUGAAUAAUGUAAUAUUCAAACAAAGUGCUAUUACUUGUAAAGAUAAAUAACAAAUAAUUUCUUCAGAGAAAUGUACUGAAAUGUUUGAGAGAACAUUAUACAACUAUAUGUCAU